AUGCUCUUUGAUGAUUACCUGUACGGUAAAGAUGAAUACCAUACAGAAGCUGAUUAUAUUGUCAAGUUGUUUAGCCCGAUAUUAGAAAAUGUGUUUAGAGAAAGUAACGUUUGUGCAGAAGCUGGUCAACCCUCAAGAUUAGAUUUACGAGUUAUUUCGUCAUUUUACAAGAAAAAUGAAGAUCUUUCAGUCGUUGAUUUUACGGAGCAGCCACAACCCUGUAAAUACUAUAUAGACAAAAUAAGAGCUGUGACGUGCAGUUGGUUGCGCUUGAAGCAUCAUAUCAAGGAUAGCCAGUUAAACUUACAAGACGCUAAACGUUUAGUGAUUCCUUUUGUAUUAUGCGAGGACCUCGAAGCGGAUAUAUAUAAAGAUUGA